AUGUCCGAACUCGUUGGUCUGCAGACAGGUGUCCAAAAGGAAAAAGCAAGGCCUCAUAUCGGGUUCGUGUAUACCAAGGAUAAUGAGGACGAUUUUCAAAGUGUAACAGAACAGGAUGAGCCUCCUAGCAGGCAUCCAGGGUGGACAUUUUUCUUCCAGAAACCGUACUACGCUCCAACGUACAAUCCACUUGAAUUGCAACGACAAAGCAGUACGUUCAGUAACAGUCUGGAUCCAAACAACAGACAACUUCACGCGGAGCUGAGCAGCUUUGUGCAGAAGAAAUCGUUCGCCCAAAACAUGAUGGACAUUGCUCUACUAUCAGCAAACACAAACCAGCUCCGAUAUGUGAUAGAUUUGGGAGCCAAACAUCCGUACUACAUGACAAGCUUGCUCCUCAUAUCCGUAAGCCUGGUCAUGCAGAUCGUUGUUGGACUAUCCAUGGUAUAUUUAAAUAGGUAUAACAUGAAGGAUAAGACGGAAAUGAAAGCGGCCUCACACAUGAACAAUCUCUCAGUGGCCGGUGUGUUCUUAGUGACGUUAGUCAACGUCUUCAUAUCCACGUUUAACGGUGCAGGUGUGGACGUAAUUCCAACGGAAACUGACGGAUUGAUAAAUAGUAGUAACCUGACACAGAAUAUAACACCACCAGCAGCAUACUUUACAUAAAAACAAAGUGAAUUAAAAUGAAGGCGAUAACCAUUUCCCGAA